GUGGUGGUGGAGAGAAAAGAAACUCCCAGGAGGGGUAAGGAAGUAUGCCAGAGAGGAACACAGCCAAAGUAAGGAGCAGAACUGGAACUCUUACCAAGUUCUCAUCCAAGCAGCUUUCUCACCAGCUCUAAAAGAUCUCUGCUACUGAUUUCAUAGUUAAGACUGGAAAUUCCAGUCCAUCCCAUCUCUUCCUUUGCAGACAAGGUCACACCCUGGACAUGGCCCAAAAGAUCCACAUGCCAGAACCCCUGUGCCUCAUUGAGAACACCAAAGGGCAACUAGUGGCUAAUCCGAAAGCUCUGAAGAUCCUGUCUGCCAUUACGCAGCCUGUGGUGGUGGUGGCUAUCGUGGGCCUCUACCGCACAGGCAAAUCCUACCUGAUGAACAAGCUGGCUGGGAAGCAAAAGGGCUUCUCAGUUGGAUCCACGGUGCAGUCUCACACCAAGGGGAUCUGGAUGUGGUGUGUGCCUCAUCCUGAGAAGCCAAACCACACUCUAGUUCUCCUUGACACCGAGGGCCUCGGGGAUGUAGAGAAGGGUGACAAGAAGAAUGAUACCCAGAUCUUUGCACUGGCGAUACUGCUGAGUAGUACUUUUGUGUACAAUACCAUGAACAAAAUUGACCAGCAGGCUAUCGACCUAUUGCACUAUGUGACAGAACUGUCAAAUCUGCUCAGGACAGUAUCCUCACCCGAUGGUGGUGGGGUUGAAGAUGCAGCUGACUCGGUGAGCAUCUGUCCAGACUUAGUGUGGACUCUGAGAGAUUUCUACCUAGCCCUGGAAGCAGAUGGGCAACUCGUCACAGCAGAUGAAUACCUGGAGAAUUCGCUGAGGCAAAAGCAAGGCACCGAUCGAAGUCUCCAAAAUUUCAAUUUGCCCCGUCAGUGUAUACAGAAAUUCUUUCCAAGAAAGAAAUGCUUUAUUUUUGACUUGCCCACUCACCGGAAGAAGCUUGCCCACCUCGAGACACUGCAUAAUGAUGAGCUGGAUUCUGACUUUGUGCAACAAGUGGCAGAAUUCUGUUCAUACGUCUUCAAGCAUUCCAAGACUAAAACCCUUUCAGGAGGCAUUAAAGUCAAUGGACCUCAAUUAGAGAGCCUGGUGCUGACCUAUGUCAACGCCAUCAGCCGUGGGUAUCUGCCCUGCAUGGAGAACUCAGUCUUGGCCUUGGCUCAGAUCAAGAACUCAGCAGCAGUGCAAAAGGCCAUUGCUCACUAUGACCAGCAGAUGGGCCAGAAGCUGCAGCUGCCCACGGAAACCCUCCAGGAGCUGCUAGACCUGCACAGGGCCAGUGAGAAAGAAGCCAUUGCAGUCUUCAUGAAGAACUCUUUCAAGGAUGUGAACCAAAGUUUCCAGAAAAAAUUACGGACCCAGCUAGAAGCAAAACAGGAUGACUUUUAUCAUCAGAACUUGGAGGCAUCACUGGAUCGUUGCUCAGCUUUACUUCAGGAUCUUUUCAGUCCCCUAGAAAGAGCUGUGAAGCAGGGAGUUUAUUCACAGCCAGGUGGGUAUCGUCUCUUCAUUCAGAAGACAGAAGAGCUGAAGGCAAAGUACUAUCGGGAGCCCAGGAAAGGAAUUCAGGCUGAGGAAGCUCUGAAGAAAUAUUUACAAUCCAAGGAGGCUGUGAGCAAUGCCAUCCUACAGACAGACCUGGCUCUCACUGCGAGGGAAAUGGAGAUGGAAGGGGCACGUGUGAAGGCAGAGGCUGCAAAGGCUCAAGCACAAAUGUUGGAGGCAAUUCAAAGGUGGAACCAACAAAGGAUGGAAGAGAGGGAGAGACUCUACCAGGAACAAGUGAGACAAAUGGUGAUGAACAGAGCCUACCAGCUGGCACAGUAUCAGAGGGCCCAGGAACGUCGGCUCCAGGAAGAGGCUGAAAAGCUCAAGGAGAGACACCAAGCCGAAAGCAGAAGACUUCAAAAUGAGAUCCAGGAUCUCCAGAGGAAUGUGGCCCCACCAGACAAUGACACAUGUAUCUUACUCUAAAGAGCUAAACAUCAGAACUUCCUUUUCUUGUUCACUUUCACUGAAGACACAAAGGAACAAGAAGUUAUAGAACUUGAGACAAUCACCAUUUAAAUAAACUUCGUAAUGAUUAUAUUGAACUUCUGUACUGAGUAUAAGGUUAUGAUGCCCAUAAUUGGUAAAAUGUGCGUUUCAAUAGUUCAGUAGCUUAAAUGAUGAUCACUUCCUUAAAGGGAUUAUGAAUGUAUAAUAAGGGACAUUUUAUCAUUGCUUCUAUUUGGGAGUGAUAUUGGGCUGGUUCUAUCAGGAGAAGCUUUCUCUUGUACCCCAAUGCCACCCCUCUAAUUUUUCAUAUUAGUCUCAGGGUACAAUUGAAGUGACCUAGGGGGUGUUAUCCUCAAUGAACUAAGACAAGUGGAACUUGACCAAAGUCUUGGGCUCAGGUGGGCAUCACUCCUGCCAAGUAGUCAGGUGCUAGAUGCCAUCAGAAGGAGGCACUGAUGGUAAAGACAACUAACCUACCUUCCUAGUGGGGACAAUGUAGUUUUCGACCGGGUGGAGGCUGCUCAGUGUAUGGCAAGGAUGUGACUCCUGGUUAUGUUCAGUGGACACUCUGCUUAGAAAGAUUCCAAGCUAUAAGCAAAUAACGUCAUAAUGAGAUAGACGUGCUCCGGAAGAUGGCAGGAACUACCAGCAUAGAAAUGUGUCAUAGGCUGGAGGGCUAAAGAAGACUUUUCCUUCUUGUUACACUCAACAAGGGCAUGACUUAAACAGGACAUUUUAUACCAAGAAAAAAUUUAUAUUGGACUUAAUUGUGUAUUUUGUCUUUACAAUCCUUUAGUGCCUGUAAAGAAAUGGUAUAAGGAAUGCCAGAUAAUACGCCAAAAAAUCUGAUAGGGCUCAUUUAAUGUAUGCUUGCUCAUAAUGCUAAAGUUAAACGAUCUUAAACCUUUGUAAUCACAUAUUAAAUCCUAACAAUUUUUCUCAAAAACUAUGGAUUAUAUAAAUAUGUCUGUUUGCACAUAUUUUUAACCAUAAAUAACUGUAAUUUAAAAAAGUAACUCUACUGCUUUGUUUCUAUUUUCUUCAAUAGUUAAAAAUUUAGGGAAGCCUUCUGAAUUUCCCUAAGGAGAUUAAGAAUUACUCUAAGAAUUACUUUAAGGCUGGAAAUAAAAUACCCUUUCAUUUGUUUUUUGUUUCUUUGUUUUAUCUCUAGUAAAAUAGUUUUUAGAAAGUAUAGAAACAUUACAUAGAGUUCUAUUUUGUUUCCCUUUAAUUGCUUACUUAUUCAUAUAAGGAAUUUCCCAGUUGGGCUCGAUUAUAGGAACUUGAACUUUCUUAGUUGCUCAAAAUAUGAUUUCCUUAUUUACGGAAGAAAAGCAGAUGAAUUUUAAUGUCUGCCCUGUUUUCUGUUCCUUGAAGACUUUUACCAUGUUGAACGUCCCAGUGCUGCUCAGCUGUAUUUCUAGACUUGAGCUGAACUUCAGAAGCUAUU